GGGUUCCACUUAGAAUCGGAUUUAUCUGUGGAUCGGAAAAACAAUCGAUAGGUAGAUUUCUACGUCCGCACCGUUUCGAUUAGACUGCUGCCCCGAUCGCUGUGCUCCAGAUUGGAGGUCGCAGAAAUGUCUUAUAUGAGAGGAGAUUUGCUUGCCAAAACCCGGAAACUCGUUAAAGGGUUGGCCAAGGCCGAGCCCGUAUGGCUCAAGGCCAUGGAGAAGUCACCGCCUGCUACAUUUCCUCGUGCGGAGAAUAAACUUAAGCCGAUAGUUUUACCGGAGGAUGCUUAUGUUAAUAAGUUUUUCCAAAAGCAUCCCGAUUCGAAAUAUGAAGAUCCUAUCAAAAUAUCUAGUUUCGACCCACCAGCAGCCCGAGUAUUUGCUUGGAGAGUUCUUGAACUAAAGGGCCAGGGCGUCGGCGAGGAGGAAGCUAUGGCUGUUGCUGAUAUGGAAUAUCGGGCUGAGAGAAAGGCUAAAAAGAAGGCAUAUGCUCGGCUGAAGCAGAUAUCCCGACUUGAGGGGAAAAGGCUGCCCACAGUGAAUCCAUUUCCAAGUGCAAUCGAGGGAAUACAAGCUGAAGAAAGGAAGUUUGUUAAGGAAAGGUUCCAUAAUCCCGAUGCAGUUGAAAUUGUGAAGAAGCUGAAACGGGAGCGAGCUGAACAGAUGAUGGACCGGAGAGGAGGCUCGUUCGUUAGUUCGUGAAGGGCAGGGCCGCUGCCGAGGCUAUUUGUUUGUAGUUGAGGUAAGAAUGAUUUGAUGAUUGAAUUUGCAUGAAUAAUUGGAAUAGCAAGUACUGUGAGUUUUGCUUCAUUAUUUGAAUUUGAAGCAGCGAGGGUGUUUGAAAAAUGGUUUUUUGAAAGAGUUUUUAGUUUUAUAACUUGAGUUUGUUUGUGUUUUUGAA